GCGUUCGGCCGGAGGCUCAGGGGUGGUCGCCGGCCUUCGCUGGACACCAUGACUCACCUGGAGGAGCCGGCUGGUGGGUUCCGGCGGCGAGACCUCCCGGGACACGGCCGCGGGCGGUGAGACCGGGUGAGAGAAGAGGUGCUUUCUGAAGAACGAACCCAUCAACUGAGCGAGCGAUUGAGUGAAGAUUGGACGUGUCCUUUACCCUGGACUCCACGGAGCCCCCAAGCUCGACGGGUGACAAUAUCGGACCUGCUCUCUAAAUCCUCUUGGGCUGCGGUUGCUGUGUGGGGAGCUUCGUGGGCCUCUGGAGAUGCUCUCGGCACUAGACAACGGGCAGGACCCCCUGGCAGCCAUCACGGUAAUCAAACGAACUCUGGUCAACUCGGUGAAAGCGCUGCAGAGGCAUUUUGUGGCCUCGGACACGGUGGUGACCAGUGAAGAUGGUGAUGCCAACACCCUGUGCUCGGCCCUGGAAGCCGUGUUUAUUCACGGGCUGAAAGCCAAGCACAUCAAGGCCGAGACUGGCGGGAAGAAGGCCGGCGGCCGGGGCCCCCUGCCAUGCCCGGUGUUCUGGCCGCUGCUGAAAGCCGUCACCCACAGGAACACGGUGGCGGACGUGGAGGGCCUGCCGUUCAUCACCAGUGAUGUGGGACGCUGUCGGGCCUGGGUGCGCCUGGCCCUGAACGAUGGGCUGGUGGGCUGCCACCUGCAGCUGCUGCUGCGCGAGCGGGCCUUGCUGGCCGAGCACUACCUGCGGACCGCCCUGCUGCUCGACCCCGAGGAGGCGGAAUUCCUCCUCAGUUUCCUGCAGGGGCUCACUUCCCUGACGUUUGACCUGUCCUACAAGUCUGCUGUCCUGAACGAGUGGACGCUGACGCCCCUGGCCCUGUCGGGACUCUGCCAAUUCUCGGAGCCUGAUCCGGGGAGCGGGGCCGGGCACGGGCCGGAGUCCUCUGACUCGGGCUCAGUGUCCUCGGGCUCGGACGAUGUCGAAGUGCAGCGCUGCGGGCUGCCCGGCGGCAGAGCCCGGUCCAAGCAGAAGCUCACGGCGUCCUCGCUCAGCCUGGACACCACCGGCUCCUCCCAGCUGUCCUGCAGCCCCAACUUGGCCAGCGGCCUCUCCCAGGACCGGACCACCAGAUCCACAGACCGUUCUGACGAAGCCAUGGCCUGCGACUGGGACACCGGCCCCGUGCCUGACCACGAUUCGGACCGCUCCCUGCAGGACCUCCUCAGGAGCAUUGGGCUGGUUGCAGAGGAACAGGGGCCUGGCAAUCAACCAAAGCAGAAGUCUGGUGUGUCCCUGGGGCUGCAGUCAGCGGAGUUGCCUUCGCAGGCUUGCGCCGCCCCUCCGCCCCGUCGUUCGCCUUCAGUUCCUCCCCAGGUCCUGACAGAAUUCAGCAAAGCCCAGGUGAAUGGCACGUCGGCCCAUGGGCCCAGCCCCCUGGUAGGGACUCCGCCGUUGCCCCAGGAGCCCCUGUUUCCCUGCACCCCUGGCACUACCGCACACCUACGCUUCGAUGGCCCCGCGGACCACACUGCUGACGCCACGGAAGGGAACCGGACUCCACCCCUCGUGGUCCCUGUGGAAGAGGAAGGAGUGGCCAGCCAGGAAGAGGACGAGGACAGCCGAGGAGCUGAGAGCACCCCACCCCCAGCGGCUUGUCCGAAGAGCAGGAGCUGGAUCUCAGAGGAGGACUUCUACCGUCCAACCCCAGCGCGUGGCCCAGACCCCGGCUCGGACUUCCACACGCUCUUCCCAGCGGCAGCGGCAAAGGUGGUUGAGUCAGCCCCGGUCCAACCUGCCCCCGGGAACCUCUCAAAGAGCAGCCACCCAGGAGCCGGCAAGCGAGCUGACCCGUCACCCCUCGAUGUGAGAGCCCUGCGGGAGAGGGGGAAUUUCCGUGUGAUUCACCGAAGGCAAAUAGGCCUCUCAAACCCAUUCCGUGGGCUCCUGAAACUGGGAACGCUGGAGCGCAGGGGCCCCAUGGGGCUGUGGAAGGAGCUGCACUGCGAGCUGUCUCCCACCGAGCUGCGCUUCUUCGCCAGCCACGAGGACCGAACCUGCGUGGACAGCUGCUCCCUCCUGCGCUGCGAGUCCCUGGGGCGCGUGCACCGCGACGGCCGCUUUGAGCUGGUCUUCGCUGGGAAGAAGCUGGCCCUGCGUGCUCCGUCCCGCGGGGAGGCCGAGGACUGGCUGGACCGGCUGCGGGAGGUCCUGCCCCAGAGCCGGACGCCGUCCGAGGACGAGUGGGAGACCCUGGAGGACCCGGACCCGCGGGUCUCCCCGCGUGCGGACUCGGCAUCGGACUGGACGUCCCCACUGGCCCCGGAGCCGGACGCCCUCAAGGAAGCGAUCGUGCGUGUGGCCGAGGGGGAGGCGUGGACCCCGCAGCUCCUGUCCCUGUCACCCGAGAUGCUGCGGUGCUUCCGGCUGUGCGGGGGCGGCCCCGGCAGCGGCCCCGCCGUCAAGGAGCUGAGCUGCAGCCACAGUGUGGGUGCGCUGCGGGACGUGCUGCCCGACCCCGGCCUCGGAGGCCCUGCCUGCUUCAGGAUCGUCACGCCCACGGCCACGCUCAAGGUGCGGGCCCAGAGCGCGCGCGAGGCCGCCCAUUGGAGGCAGCUGCUGCGCCACGCCCUGGCCUGCGCCCUGGAUGCCGCGGGGGCCGCAGAGGCGGCGGAGGGGCUCGGGCCGGACGGGCCGGAGACGGGGCAGUGGGCGGCCCGCAAGGGCGGCUUCCUGCCACAGGACCUGCUGGUCCUGCCCGUGGAGAAGGGCCUGGAUGCCCAAAACUUCAUCUGUGCAGGCUGUGCCCAGCCCAUCGGCUUCUCGUUUGUGAGACCCAAGCUCUGCGCCUUCUCCGGCCUCUAUUACUGUGACGCAUGCCACCGGGAUGAUGACUCCGUGAUCCCCGCCCGCGUCAUCCACAACUGGGAUCUCAGCCGGCGUGCCGUGUGUCGCCAGGCUCUGAGAUUCCUGGAACAGGUCCGCGACCAGCCACUCAUCAACCUGCAGCAGGUGAACGCCAGCCUGUACGAGCACGUGGAGCGCAUGGGUGGCAUCUGGAGGAGCCGAGAGCAACUGAAACUCCUCGGGGAAUACCUGACCCUCUGCCGCAGCGGGGCCGGCAAAGAACUCAGCCAGCGGGUCGGACACAGACAGUACCUGCUGGAGUCUCCCCACAGGUACAGCGUCGCUGACCUGCGCCAGAUCGCAGAUGGGGUGUUCGAAGGCUUCCUCCAGGCCGGGAUCCAGUUCGCCUCCCAUCACGUGUACCACUGCGACCUCUGCACCCAGCGGGGCUUCAUCUGCCAGAUCUGCAACCGCGAUGACAUCAUCUUCCCCUUUGAGCUGGACACCACCACCAGGUGCCAGGAAUGCCGAACUGUGUUUCAUCGCAGCUGCCAGGCUGGGGCACCGGACUGUCCCCGCUGUGCCCGCAGGAGGAAGUACCAGGAGCAGAGUCUCCAUGCCUAGCUCUGCUCCUGACUGGUCCCUGGCCAACUGGCCUGAGGCCCAGAGUCCAACCCAUCCCUGCCAUGUUCCUAGUGGGCAGGCUGGGGUCCUGAGCAGACAGGCUGGGGACCCGAGGACUCCCUGUCCUGCGGACUAGCAACCGGGCAAACAUGAUGCUGUCCCAGCUGGAUCCCUCUCCGCCUCCAUCAAUUCUCUCACCUGGAGCAGAGGGCACCGAGGGUGGCUGACUUGACAUGGGCCCCGUGGUGGCCCUGGGUUAGAGCUGAUUAAAGUUUUUUAGGAUUUUC